AUGCCUGACAAGUGGGAUGAGGAAUCCUCCGGAGAGGAAUCAUCGGAGCCAACACCCGCACAAACUGCCGUUUCGAACCGAAGAAAGUUUGAUGAUGAAGAGGAUGACGAUGAAGUCUUAGAUUCCUGGAGUGCCGCCGAAGAUUCUGAAGUUGAGCGCGAGAAGGCAAAGGUUGAAGCCGAGCGAAAGGCCAAGGCUGAUGCAUUGGCUGCUGCGAACAAGAAGUCAAAGGCCCAACGUGUUGCCGAAAAGCAGGCCGAGAGAGCACGACAACUGGCAGAAGGUAGCGAUGAGAGCAGUGAAGAGGAUGAGGCUACAAGAAGAGAACGCCUCAGACGAACUGAACAAGAAUCUGAUUUGAAGCACGCUGAGGAUCUCUUUGGCAACAUUGGAAUCAACUCUCGCAAGUCUACAAGUGCCGCGAACGCAGUGCAAAUUGAUGAAAAGAAUCCCGCCGCGACUAUCGAUUUGACAACUCUCCCACUUUUCGAUCCUAAAACUAAGCAGCAGUUUGAGAAGCUCCGCGAAACUCUUGUCCCUCUUAUUGCCAACAAUGUCAAGAAAGCACAGUACAUCAUCUUCUUACAAGAGUUCACUAAGCAGAUCUCCAAAGAACUUCCAAGUGAUCAAAUCAAGAAGAUCGCCAGUACACUGACGGCUUUGAGUAACGAGAAAUUGAAAGAGGAGAAGGCAGCUGAAAAGGGAGGAAAGAAGUCCAAAGCACAGAAAACUAAGACUACCUUAAAUGCAAGCAGGGACACUAUGGGCAGCAAAGAUACCCAGGCCUAUGAUGAUGAUUUUGGAGAUGAUGAUUUUAUGUGA